AUGCCUGCGUUCCAGAAAGCAGAGUUUUGCAAGGAGUCCACAGAGGCAUUCAAAAAGCAGCGGGAGAGCUGCUUGAAAGCCGGUGUUAGGAUUAGACCUGUUCAGCGACAGGGUUUGGAGGACAGCAACCGUGUUGAUUCUGGAAAGAUUGGGAUUGCCUUACAGAACACACCUGGCACAAACAUGUUGGGGACCAGUUUCAAAAUCGUUGGGCCUGCAAAAGGUCAGGGGUCGUUUGGGGCAGUGUAUGUCGUUGAGCAUGUACACUCUCGGAGAAGGUAUGCCGCGAAAGUGGAGCCUGUCCUGGCUUCAUUGGAUCGCGAGAUUCAAAUCUUGAAGGGCAUCUCGCACGAAGCGAUUUUGCCAGUUUUGUGCAGCCAUGUGGAAGAUGGUGGGCUGUCUUGGUACAUCAUGCCCCUGCUUCCCACGAAUUUGUUUGCAUACUUGAGGAGCGAAAACCAGUUUGCCCAUGGCUCCCAAGACGCCCUGUUCAAUCAAUUGAUGGAUGGACUUGGUUUUCUCCAUGACCGCGGUGUCGUUCAUGCCGACAUUAAACCUGGCAAUAUCGUUUACAACCCAGGGACGGAGCACUUCUACAUCAUCGACUUCGGGAUUGCUGUGGUCCUGCCUACCCCACGUGGCCAAACGACUGAGAGCGUCUACACUUUGGCAUUUCGACCGCCCGAGUUGAUUGAACAGGGUGAGCUGGCGCCUGUUCUGACUGUGAAAGCCGACUCAUGGGCAGCUGCUCUCACUAUGCUGGAAGCAUCCACCAGAACCCGUUUCUUCGAUGGACGUAGCAAGGUAGCCAUCGCGGAGAAGAUCAGAUCUUUUGCUCGUGAGCUCAGCUUUGGGCUAGCGGGCGGCCCCCACUUGACAAAAUUGCAGGGAGCCAUCAAUAACCUGAGUCCCUCCACGCAGAAACAUGUGGCGGAGUUAAUUCACUAUGACCCACGUAGAAGGGCGAGCUGUGGCAAUGUUGCGGAGGAACUGCGCAACUAG